AUGUUAAAAGCUGAAGCUAAGCCUAGUAUAUUUUAUGAGGCUGUUAGAGAUAAAGAUGGAACACCAACUGUUACAAGAAAGAAUAUAUCAAACUUAAGUACAAGAAUUCAUUCUUUAGAAGAAACAGCCUCAAUAGAAGCACUAAUAAUAGAUUGUAAAGUAUUAGAUGCUGCAAUAACAGCUUAUAAUAAGUUGGUCUCAUUAAGUUUAAAUAAAAAUAAAGUGUUAAAAUACUUUGAAAAGUUAAGAUUUCAAUUAAGUUUCAGGAUUCCUGUUGAUGAUAUAAAUGAGGUUUAUGAUUUGAAAAGUAAUGGUAAUUGUAAAUUUCGAUCACUUGCGAUUGCUAUUAAAGGAAAUAAAGAGAAUUGGAUUCUUGUAAAAUUGGCUAUGAGUAGUCAAUUAACCAAGCAUAUGAAGAUUUAUAAAAACUGA